AUGUUGUCUCGCGGAAGAACCUUUCUGUUCUUUAGCAUUUAUUGUUUUAUUGUUUUCCUCUACGUCCAAUAUGGAGAUUUCUUUGUUUUUAUUGCUUCUCAUCUUCGUUGUUUUUUCUUCCCCCUCCCGCUUAAGACUACUUUCUUUCUUUCUUUCCUUCUUUCUUUCUUUCUUUCUUUUGCUCGAUCUUUCAUUCUUCCUUUCUUUCUUUCUUUCUUUCUUUCCUUCUUUCUUUCUUUCUUUCUUUCUUUUGCUCGAUCUUUCUAUCUUUCCUUCUUUCUUUCUUUCUGUCUUUCUUUCUUUCUUUCUUUUGCUCGAUCUUUCUUUCUUUCUUUCUUUCUUUCUUUUGCUCGAUCUUUCUUUCUUUCCUUCUUUCUUUCUUUCUUUCUUUCUUUUGCUCGAUCUUUCUUUCUUUCCUUCUUCCUUAUUUUCUUUCUUUCUUUCUUUCUUUUGCUCGAUCUUUCUUUCCUUCUUUCUUUCUUUCUUUCUUUUGCUCGAUCUUUCUUUCUUUCUUUCUUCCCUUCUUUCUUUCUUUCUUUCUUUUGCUCGAUCUUUCUUUCUUUCCUUCUUUCUUUCUUUCUUUCUUUCUUUCUUUUGCUCGAUCUUUCUUUCUUUCUUUCUUUCUUUCUUUUGCUCGAUCUUUCUUUCUUUCCUUCUUUCUUUCUUUCUUUCUUUCUUUCUUUUGCUCGAUCUUUCUUUCUUUCUUUCUUUCUUUCUUUUGCUCGAUCUUUCUUUCUUUCUUUCCUUCUUUCUUUCUUUCUUUCUUUUGCUCGAUCUUUCUUUCUUUCUUUCUUUCCUUCUUUCUUUCUUUCUUUCUUUUGUUCGAUCUUUCUUUCUUUCUUUUACACUGUGUUUUCUUUCUUUUUUUUAUUUCUUUUUCAUGUCUAUCUAAAUUUUAAUUUUAUACUCAUUUUUUUUUCUUACUUAUUUCUAAUUUAUCUUUUUUGGUUUUUAUCCUUCAUUACUUUUCUUUCUUUCUGUUUUCUUUCUUUCUUUCUGUUUUUUUUUCUGUUUUUUCUUUCUUUCUUUCUUUCUUUCUUUCUUUCUUACUUUCUUUCUUUCUUUCUUUCGCUCUUAAUUCAACCUUUUUUUCCUUGUACGCAUUAUUUAUCCUUACCACCUAUAUACUUCUUUCUCAAUUUAAAAUAA